AUGACAAUUGCCCCCACUAUAAACAGUCAGGAAGUGAAGAGUCAGGUGACCGUCAAGACACUAAAACGGAGCACGUGGCAGAGGUGGUCCGCCGCCGCCCCGGCAAAAGCUUCCAAGCCGAAGAGGAAGUCAGGCAAGUCCGCCAGUUCUGGACCGAGUGUUCGCGAGCGCAUUGUCAAGAUCGUGUCCGCCUCCAACGAGCGUGGAGGUGUGUCACUGGCCGCCAUCAAGAAAGCUCUGGCCGCCGGUGAAUACGAUGUGGAGAAGAACAAUGCUCGCGUCAAGCUCGCCAUCAAGAAACUGGUGGCUAAUGGUGUCGUGAUCCAGACCAAGGGCACCGGAGCAUCCGGCUCUUUCAAGAUGAACAAGAAAGAAGCGCCCAAGACUAAAAAAGCCGCUCCUAAAACCAAGGAGGACGCUGAGCAGGCCUCUGGGUCGGUGCACUGCUUCAGCAAAGACGACGGGGCUCUGUUUGUGGAGGCUGUUCCCCAGACCGACAUCAGCCGGAGGAUCACUGCUUUCCAGUAUGAGCUGAUUCCCAGCCAGGGACUUACACGAGGCCUAAGAUGCUACAUGCCCACCGAGUCGUGUUUGAACCAGGGGAAGUGUGAACCGAGUGCAGACGGGAAUGGCGAGUGCAGAUAUGAAGACCAAGAGCUCUGA